GGCAAGUCAGGAUACAACGAUGGUACCGGUACACGUUUAUAUCAUUAGUAGUCCUGUCUUGCCACCAACGCGUUCAAUAGAUGGAGACGGGAGAGGCGAAGGCUAUUUUUGUGUUGUUGUUGCUGGUUUAGGGAUCGGUUUGUGAAGAAGAGGGAGAAGAGAGAGGGAAAGGGAAAUGCAGGAGAGGGGGAUAACUCUUUUCUCCGACAACAAUGGAGUGAAGAAAGGAAUUAUGAUCAG